CUGUUUUGCCGAGUGUUGCAUUGGUUUGAUUUUAGUUUAACUUGGAUUAAGAGACAGAUCAUUUGCAGCUUUCAUUAUCGACAAUUGAGUUUCAAAAGUCGAUUGUGCAAAAUUUCAUCAAAGAAAUGCUGAACAGUGCAAUUUUGAUGAUGUUUUUAUAUUCAAAUUUUGUAUCAUUGACAGACGUAGAAGAUUCAACAGAGUUUCAAGAAAAAAUUUAUAAGGGUAAAGAUGUUACCCGAAAAGGUGCAUACCCUUACUUUUGUUCCAUCCAAAUACCAAAUGACUCUGAUGUGCGUCCAUAUGAACACUACUGUGGUGGAGUAUUGGUGGAAAGAAAUAUCAUGCUAACAGCAGCUCAUUGUCUUAUCAAUGCCUCACUUGUUUCACAAUUUCACAUUUUACCCAACUAUCGACAUUCACGGUUAAUCGGCAAGAACGAUCCCAUUUUCAAAGUUAAAAAUUAUGUGAUACAUCCAGAUUUUUUAAAACAACGACCAAUGAGUAUGUAUGACAUCGCUGUUGUACAAUUGGACAGACCUGAUACUCGAACUAAUGCUAGGCUUCAACUGGCCUCCAGACGUCUUCCUGUUGAUACAAAGGUUAAGAUAAUAGGCUUUGGGAUCACUGAAAACACGUACCUAUCAGAAGUACUGAAAGAAGCAACUGUAAUCAUAAAAGAUGACAAAAAGUGCCUGGAUGAAAAGACAGGAUUUGAGUAUGCUCCAAUUUAUAAUUUCUGUACUCAGAAUAGCGUGGGUGCAGGUGGAUGUUAUCGUGACGCAGGUGAUCCUGCAAUAUGGGAAGAUUCACGUUCUAAUAUAAGUUAUCUUUAUGGUGUGCUGAGUAGCGAACAGACACCCUGUAGAAAGUUCCACACUGAUGUCUUUGUUAAUAUUUUUGCUCAUUUCAAGUUCUUAAAUGAUGUUUUUAUACAAUUUUCUCGUGAUCAAUUUGGAUGCCCUAAACCAUUCAAUUACUGAAUGGACAUUCAGUUAAUGAACUCCAAAAUAUAGCAUUAUGCCAUCCAUUGGCUUUAGACGAGCUUUUAAAUAUCGUAAAUUAUAUCGUCUGAUCUGACCAAAACAGCUUACUGAGAAAAGAUUGCUAAUACAGAUAACAUAAUGCAAUGUUGCACAAAAAAUGAGAAAAAUUAGCAACUUUGAAAGGUCUUAAAUUAUCGAUACCUUUUUCAAUUUGUAUACAAUAUUUUUUUGUGAUAAAACAAAUAUGGUCAGUUGAUUGUAUGUUAUUCAGAGAUGAAUUAUGCAUUGAAAAUUUCGAAUUUGCUGCAAUUAUUAUUGUUAAUGUUUUUUUGUUUCAAACUGUAAUUACCUAAAUAUGCGGCAACAUAAACAUUAAAAUUUGAUUUAGUUAAGGUAAAGGAA